UCCCGGCAGCCCCCGCGCACAAGAUGGCGGCGCGGGGCGGCGGGCGGUGAGGGGGGCGGGCAGGAUGACCUACACGGCCGAGCAGCUGGACGGGGUGCGGCGGAUCAAGCGGUGCCGGGACUACUACGAGAUCCUGGGCGUGGGCCGGGACGCCGGCGAGGAGGAGCUGAAGCGCGCGUACCGCAGGCUCGCCCUCAAGUUCCACCCCGACAAGAACCGAGCGCCCGGGGCCACCGAGGCCUUCAAAGCAAUAGGCAAUGCUUUUGCAGUUCUGAGCAAUCCUGAGAAGAGGCUGCGGUACGAUGAGCUGGGGAGCGACCAAGAGCAUGUCAGCACCGACCAGGCCAGGCACUAUAAUUACUACACAGAGUUUGAAGCAGACAUUACACCAGAAGAAAUAUUCAAUGUGUUUUUUGGUGGGCAUUUUCCUACAGGAAAUAUCCAUAUGUUCUCCAAUGUAGCCAGGGAUGCACACUAUUACCCACGGAGGCACCGCACCGAGAGGGCGUGGACACAGGAGCAGGAGGAGGAAGACAACAGGCCACAGAAUUCUUAUUCUGCAUUUAUCCAGUUGAUGCCAGUUUUCAUCAUCAUAGUAGUGUCAGUGAUAACCCAGCUGAUGGCCACCAACCCUCCCUACAGCUUAUUCUACAAGUCGUCCAUCGGCCACGUCAUUAUCAGAGAAACAGAGAACUUGCAGGUGCCUUACUAUGUCGAUAGAAACUUUGAGAAGAAUUAUCAAGGAGCAGAACUCCAAGAGCUCGAGAAGACAGUUGAAAAGGAUUACAUAGACUAUAUUCAGACCAGCUGCUGGAAGGAGAAACAGCAAAAGUCUGACUUGUCCAAUUUGGCCAAGCUCUACAGAGAUGAGAGGUUAAAACAGAAAGCAGAAUCCCUGAAACUUGAGCACUGUGAGAAGCUCUCCAGUCUGAUUGGGAUGCACAAAGGAGGCUGAGCAGGAUGCACACACUCCAUAGUUUUAUUUAUUGCUGUUUUAAGUUAUGUUUUUAUUUUCCUUUGUAUAAAAAGGGAAGGAGUCUAUUGUAAGGAGUGGAUAUUGGAGUCCUUCUGCACGUAGUGCAGAGAAGGGCCAGCACGAGCUGCGGAGCUGCUGUUUGCUGUAAUAUAUCCUGUACAUUAGAUUCAGUUCCAAGGA